AUGGCGUCGCGGUACUACACGGAGAUGCAGGAGAGCUUCAGGAACAACAACAAGAGCCGAGAGUUCGCGGCUCACACGGCUAAAGUACACUCGGUCGCGUGGAGCUGCGACGGAAGGAGGCUCGCGUCCGGCUCGUUUGAUAAGACCGCGAGCGUGUUCGUCCUGGAGAAGGACCGGCUGGUGAAGGAGAACAACUACCGAGGCCACAGCGACAGCGUGGAUCAGCUCUGCUGGCAUCCAACCAACCCGGACCUCUUCGUCACGGCGUCCGGAGACAAGACCAUCCGCAUAUGGGACGUCCGGACCACCAAGUGCAUUGCCACAGUCAACACCAAGGGAGAGAACAUCAACAUCUGCUGGAGCCCCGACGGUCAGACCAUCGCUGUGGGUAAUAAGGACGACGUGGUGACGUUCAUCGAUGCUAAGACGCACCGAUCCAGAGCGGAGGAGCAGUUCAAGUUCGAGGUGAACGAGAUCUCGUGGAACAAUGACAACGACAUGUUCUUCCUCACCAACGGCAAUGGCUGCAUCAAUGUCCUGAGUUACCCGGAGCUGAAGCCCAUCCAGUCCAUCAACGCUCACCCGUCUAACUGCAUCUGCAUCAAGUUCGACCCGAUGGGGAAAUACUUCGCCACAGGAAGCGCCGACGCUCUGGUGAGCCUGUGGAACGUAGAGGAGCUGGUGUGUGUCCGCUGCUUCUCCAGGUUGGACUGGCCCGUCAGGACGCUGAGCUUCAGCCACGAUGGGAAGAUGUUGGCGUCGGCCUCCGAGGAUCACUUCAUCGACAUCGCAGAAGUGGAGACAGGAGAGAAGCUGUGGGAGGUUCAGUGUGACUCUCCGACCUUCACCGUCGCCUGGCACCCCAAGAGGCCUCUGCUGGCCUACGCCUGCGACGACAAGGAGGGCAAGUACGACAACAACCGGGAGGCCGGAACCGUAAAGCUGUUUGGUCUCCCCAACGACUCCUGAGAGACGAGCAGAUCAGUUUGUUUGUUUCCUGCUUUAAACUCUCUGUGCCUCCAGCAGAUGGCGCAGCGACACACAACUCCCGUUACUGUAAUAUAUUGUCUUUUGAUAUUAAAAUGUGUCUCUUUG